AUGAGUGGACAAUUUCAGAAUACUGGACGUGGUUCCAAUGGAAGAAAUGCUGGACAAGGAAGAUCACAGCAGCAAGGCCGAGGUAAUGGUCAAUACAAUGGACAUAAGAGUGGCAAUGGUAGCCAGAAAGAGAAGAAGUUUCAUCCUCUGACUAGAGGAAACAUUCCCAAAUUUAGCUUUGAUGAAGUGAAGAAGACAUUGGUGAUUAAAAUGUCAACGAUGAAGAUGGAUCAUAUUGAUGACAUGAUCCAGAGUGUACGAACCUUGAGUCUGUUUGAUAUUGAAAGUGUGAAACCAACAUUGGUAUUGGUGACUAAUGACAGCGAUCCUGAUAAGGAGAUCAAGAAUGAAGAAAGAAGAACUAACUAUUUGGCUGAUCGAAAGGAUUGGAAGGCCAGGAAGAACGCGUUUGAUAACAAUAAACGCAAUGUCUAUGGAAUGAUUAUGAAGAUGUGCACCGAUCAUAUGGUGGACAAACUUGAGCGAGAAGCUGACUUUGAUAACAAACUGUUCAAUGAUCCUGUGGAGCUAUUGAUGCGGAUCAAGAAAUUUAUGAUGACUACUGUUGAUACAGAAUGGGAAUAUUUUGGUCUGUGGAAGACAAUGAGCAAUCUGAUUAAUUGCCAUCAAAAGGAGAAGGAAAACAAUGCGAGUUUUUGUAAACGAUUUGAAGAAAGGGCGAAGGCAUUACAAGCUUUGCUUGGUGAUGAUUUUUUGGACAAAUUUACUGAGAAGAGUCAGGAAUAUGAUUUAUUGGGAAGCAAUGCUGAACGAUCCCAACACAAGAAGGGCUCCACAGUCCCACUUGGAGAACUUUGA